AUGGCAGGGAACAGCCUGGUGCUGCCCAUCGUGCUGUGGGGCCGCCGGGCGCCCACGCACUGCAUCUCCAGCCUGCUGCUCAUGGAGGAGUCCUCUGUCAUUGUCACUGGCUGCCACGAUGGGCAGAUCUGUCUCUGGGACCUGUCUGCAGAUCUAGAGAUUAAUCCCAGAGCUCUGUUGUUUGGUCAUACAGCCUCAAUUACUUGUUUAUCAAAGGCCUCUGCUUCCAGUGAAAAGCAGUACAUAGUGAGUGCAUCAGAGAGCGGGGAGAUGUGUCUGUGGGAUGUGAAUGAUGGGAGAUGCAUAGAGUUUACUAAACUAGCCUGCACACACACUGGCAUACAGUUCUAUCAGUUUACAGUUGGGACUCAGCACGAAGGGAGACUAUUAUGCCAUGGACAUUAUCCAGAAAUUCUUGUUGUGGAUGCUACCAGCCUUGAGGUUCUUUAUUCUUUAUUGUCAAAGAUAUCUCCUGACUGGAUCAGCUCCAUGGCUAUCAUCCGAUCCACCAGAACACAAGAGGAUACAGUUGUAGCAGUGUCAGUGACUGGCAUCCUGAAAGUGUGGAUAAUAACCUCUGAAGUCAGUCGCAUGCAGGAUACAGCUCCAGUGUUUGAGGAGGAGUCCAAGCCCAUUUACUGUCAGAACUGCCAGAGCAUCUCCUUCUGUGCCUUCACCCAGCAGUCGCUGCUGGUGGUUUGCUCCAAGUACUGGCGGGUGUUUGAUGCUGGAGAUUAUUCCCUGUUGUGUUCAGUCCCGAGUGAAAAUGAUCAGACCUGGACUGGUGGCAACUUUGUGUCAGCUGAUAAAGUGAUUGUUUGGACAGAAGAUGGACAAAGUUUCAUUUACAAAUUACCAGCCAGCUGCCUACCAGCUAGUGACUCCUUUCGCAGAGAUGUGGGGAAGGCAGUGGAAAAUCUGAUACCUCCUUUAUUGUACAGUGUGUUGGACAGAGCAGAUAAACAGCUGCUAAUAUGUCCUCCGGUCACUCGAUUCUUCUAUGGGCAUAGGGAAUUCUCCUAUAAACUGUUAAUCCAGGGAGACUCUUCAGGGAGGCUGUGUAUUUGGAGUGUGCCUGAUACUCUGGAACAAGACGAUAGUGCAAAAGUCAUGGGGCCGGCCCCGCAGACGGCCAUCGUCCAGCUGCUGCAGGGGGAGCACAUGCUGAGGAGGGGUUGGCCACCUCACCGGACACUCCGAGGCCAUCGGAACAAAAUCACAUGUUUACUGUAUCCUCAUCAGGUCUCUUCUCGUUAUGAUCAGAGGUAUUUGAUCUCAGGUGGUGUGGAUUUCUCAGUCAUCAUAUGGGAUAUAUUUUCUGGAGAGAUGAAACAUAUCUUCUGUGUUCAUGGUGGAGAGAUCACACAGCUUCUAGUUCCACCAGAAAACUGUAGUGCAAGAGUCCAGCACUGUGUUUGCUCUGUGGCCAGUGACCACUCAGUAGGUCUUCUGAGUCUGAGGGAGAAAAAGUGCAUCAUGUUGGCAUCCCGGCACCUCUUCCCUAUUCAGGUGAUAAAGUGGAGACCUUCUGAUGACUACCUGGUGGUAGGAUGUUCAGAUGGGUCCGUGUACGUCUGGCAAAUGGAUACUGGUGCCCUGGACAGGUGUGUGAUGGGGAUCACAGCAGUGGAGAUCCUGAAUGCCUGUGAUGAGGCAGUGCCUGCUGCUGUGGACGCCCUGAGCCAUCCCGCCGUCAACCUGAAGCAGGCCAUGACACGCCGCAGCCUGGCUGCGCUCAAGAACGUGGCCCAUCAGAAGCUGCAGACUCUUGCCACCAACCUGCUGGCUUCUGAGGCCUCUGACAAGGGGAAUUUACCAAAAUACUCCCACAACUCCCUGAUGGUCCAAGCUAUAAAGACUAACUUAACAGACCCAGACAUACACGUGCUCUUCUUUGACGUGGAAGCCCUGAUUAUCCAGCUGCUGACUGAGGAGGCCUCCAGGCCCAACACUGCUCUCAUUUCUCCUGAGAAUUUGCAGAAAGCCUCUGGGGGGGCUGACAAGGGAGGCUCCUUCUUGGCUGGGAAACGAGCAGCCGUGCUCUUCCAGCAGGUCAAGGAAACAAUCAAAGAGAACAUAAAAGAGCAUCUUCUGGAUGAUGAAGAUGAGGAUGAGGAAUCGAUGAGGCAGAGAAGAGAAGAUGGUGACCCAGAGUAUCGCUCUAGCAAAUCCAAACCAUUAACUUUAUUAGAAUAUAAUCUAACCAUGGACACAGCAAAGCUUUUCAUGUCCUGUCUCCAUGCCUGGGGCCUGAAUUCUGUUCUAGAUGAGCUUUGCCUGGAUCGCCUGGGGAUGCUCAAGCCACACUGCUCCGUGUCCUUUGGCCUCCUGUCCAGAGGAGGCCACAUGUCUCUGAUGCUUCCUGGCUAUAAUCAGCCUGUAGGCAAACCCUCGUGUGGCAGUGAGGAGCUGGGAAGGAAAAUGUCCCUGACAGAAGGCCUGGGAAAGGGGACAUACGGUGUGUCCCGGGCUGUCACCACCCAGCACCUCCUGUCAGUCAUCUCACUGGCCAACACGCUGAUGAGCAUGACCAAUGCGACCUUCAUUGGAGACCACAUGAAGAAAGGUCCCACCAGGCCACCUAGGCCAGGCACUCCUGAGAUGUCAAAAGCGAAGGCGUCCCCUUCAGUUUCAAGUCAUGCAGUCCAAGGACAGAUUAAGCAAGUUGCUCCUGCUGUUUCUUCUAGCACUGAAGCUGGUCACUCUGGCUCUGACACUGCUCCCACUUUACAUACCUGUUUUUUAGUCAAUGAAGGGUGGAGCCAGCUGGCUGCCAUGCACUGUGUGAUGCUCCCUGACCUGCUGGGGCUGGACAAGUUCAGGCCUCCCCUGCUGGAGAUGCUGGCGCGCAGGUGGCAGGACCGAUGCUUGGAGGUCAGAGAAGCUGCCCAGGCCUUGUUGCUGGCUGAGCUGAGAAGAAUUGAGCAGGCAGGUCGGAAAGAAACCAUUGAUGCCUGGGCUCCCUACCUGCCACAGUACAUGGACAGCGUCAUAUCUCCUGGAGUGACCACGGAAGCCAUUCAGACUGGGAGUGCAAGUCCAGAUUCUCUGGGGACAGAAGCAAAAGUUCAGGAAGAGGAACAUGACCUGGUUGAUGAUGACAUCCCACCUGGCUGCCUGCCGGGCCUCCCUCAGCUGAAGAAGAGCUCCACGUCCUACGAGGAGAGGAGGAAGCAGGCCACGGCCAUCGUCCUGCUGGGCGUCAUUGGGGCCGAGUUCGGCGCGGAGAUUGAGCCGCCCAAGCUGCUGACCCGGCCGCGCAGCUCCAGCCAGAUCCCCGAGGGCUUUGGCUUGACGAGUGGUGGAUCAAAUUAUUCCUUGGCAAGGCACACGUGCAAGGCGCUGACGUUCCUGCUGCUGCAGCCGCCCAGCCCGCGCCUGCCCGCGCACAGCACCGUCCGCAGAACCGCCAUCGACCUCAUCGGCCGCGGCUUCACCGUCUGGGAGCCCUACAUGGACGUGUCGGCCGUGCUGAUGGGCCUCCUGGAGCUCUGCGCCGACGCCGAGAAGCAGCUGGCCAACAUCACAAUGGGGCUGCCCCUCAGCCCGGCGGCCGACUCGGCGCGCUCGGCUCGGCACGCCCUGUCCCUCAUCGCCACCGCCAGACCUCCCGCCUUCAUCACCACCAUCGCCAAGGAGGUGCACCGCCACACCGCCCUGGCCGCCAACACCCAGUCCCAGCAGAACAUCCACACCACCACCCUGGCCCGGGCCAAGGGGGAGAUCCUGAGGGUCAUUGAGAUCCUGAUUGAGAAGAUGCCUACCGACGUCGUGGACCUUCUGGUGGAGGUUAUGGACAUCAUCAUGUAUUGCCUUGAAGGAUCUUUGGUUAAGAAGAAGGGGCUUCAGGAAUGCUUUCCAGCCAUCUGCAGGUUCUACAUGGUGAGCUACUACGAGCGCAGCCACCGGAUCGCGGUGGGCGCUCGCCACGGCGCCGUUGCCCUCUACGACAUCCGCACUGGCAAGUGUCAGACCAUCCACGGCCACAAAGGAGCCAUCACCGCGGUGGCCUUCGCGCCCGACGGCCGCUACCUCGCCACCUACUCCAACUCCGACAGCCACCUCUGCUUCUGGCAGAUGAACACCUCUCUCCUGGGGAGCAUUGGCAUGCUGAACUCGGCCCCCCAGCUGCGCUGCAUCAAGACGUUCCAGGUGCCCCCGGUGCAGCCCGCGUCCCCGGGCUCGCUCAGCGCCCUGCGCCUGGCGCGCCUCAUCUGGACCUCCAACCGCAACGUCAUCCUCAUGGCCCACGACGGCAGGGAGCACCGCUUCAUGGUCUAG